ACUACUGAGCUCUUUCAUAUUUCGCUUCCACCCUUCUUUCUUCCCGCCCUCCUUUCUCGGAGUUUCGUCGUCAAGAUCCUCCUUUCGUUCUUCGAAUCUCUCCCUCGGCAAGGAUCAAAGACACGAGAAGCUACGGAACAUUCCUCCUUGAUUCUCAAUCAAUUUCGGAUUUUUUCCCUCAUCAAUCGAACAUAAGCUACUUAGAUCCGGUGAUUGGAAUCUGGGUUUCUGAAUCUGAUUCAUUUUAUUGCUUCUGUUCAUCGAUUUCCUCCUUUUUUUUUUAACUAAUUGUUCUGCUCUGGGCGAUGUUUCCCCCCUCUUCGUCUGGCUUUCUCGUUCUGAUAAUUGCUUGAAUUUUUCGGCCUAACUACGGCGAGUGAAGCUUCGGAUGUUGCGAUUUGCAGAGACAUUUGUAUUUUUCCUGCUAAUUGUCUCAGUCUAUUUGCCGAACAGGCAUUUGGGUGAUGCAGCUGGUGGAAAAGAGAGAACCUUGGCUAUGAUAAAGCCGGAUGGAGUCUCGAGUAACUACACGGGCGAAAUAAGAAAGAUCGUUCUCAAAGCCGGUUUUGAUAUCGACAAGGAGAUGCUUACUCAACUCGACAUGGAGGCAGCGUCUGCAUUUUAUGUUGAGCACUUGUCCAAGAGCUUCUUCCCUGAUCUCAUCAAAUACAUGACAAGUGGUCCAGUGUUGGUCAUGGUCUUGGAGAAGCAAAAUGCUGUUGCCGAUUGGCGUGCUUUAAUCGGGCCAACAGACGCAAGAAAGGCUAAGAUUUCUCAUCCUCACAGCAUCAGAGCAUUGUGCGGCAUUGAUUCACAGAGGAAUUGCGUGCACGGCUCAGAUUCAGUCCAUUCGGCCGAAAGGGAGAUCAUGUUUUUCUUCAUGGAUGCAGAGUCGGGGGACACCACAGUGCGACACGACGAACUAUAGUUCGAGUGUCUUGGUAACUCUGCCGCUUUCUCCAGCUGAUAUCCAAAUCUUAAUCUUAUGGUUAGUUUUGGCAUUUUGUGAAGCUUUACAAGUUGUUAAAUUGCAAUGAAAUGAUUUGAGUGAGUCUCCGCAUUAUUGUUGAUUGUAUUA